UUAUUAUUCCCUUCUGCUCUUUCCAGAUAAUUAUGCGGUGACAAACCCCCGCCAUUUUCCCAUCAUCAUCAUUCUCUAGUCUCUAGUCAACAGUACCAAAGCAAUCCUCUCCGUUUGCAAAUGGAUCCCGUUCUUUCAAUUACGGUGCUUUCGGUUGUACUCGGAGCUCUGAUCGCUCUCUUCUUCUUCAAAAGUUACUUUGGCAAGAGAAGAUCCGAAGUCCAAUCCAUCGCCAAAGCGGAGCUCCAACCGGAUCAUAAAAAGCCUUCAAAGCCUUCUCAGCCUAUCUCCAAAAAAUCUCACUCCAAACCUCACACUCACGCCUCCGAUAAGGAUCAAAAUAAGCGACAUCAUCCAUUGGAUGUUAAUACUCUGAAAGGUCAUGGUGAUUCUGUCACGGGGCUAUGUUUCUCCUUCGAUGGGCGGAAUUUGGCAACAGCUUGUGCUGAUGGAGUUGUCAGAGUAUUUAAGUUGGAUGAUGCUUUAAGUAAAAGUUUCAAGUUUCUGAGGAUUAAUUUGCCACCUGGAGGUCCUCCAACAGCUGUCACAUUUACUGAUGAUGCAUCUUCUAUUGUUGUUGCAACUCAUAAUCUCUCUGGCUCUUCAUUGUACAUGUAUGGAGAGGAGAAAACUACAUCUGUUAAUGAAAAUAAGCAGCAAGCCAAGCUUCCCCUUCCAGAAAUCAAAUGGGAACAUCACAAAAUCCAUGAUAAAAGAGCUAUCCUAACUCUUUAUCGAGCUACUGCUAGUUACGGCAGUGGUGAUGGUAGUACAAUUAUUGCCUCUUGUUCUGAAGGAACUGAUAUCAUAAUUUGGCAUGGAAAAACUGGAAAAAUUUUGGGCCAUGUUGAUUCAAAUCAAUUGAAAAACCACAUGGCUGCUAUAUCACCAAAUGGGCGUUUUCUUGCUGCUGCUGCUUUCACUGCUGACGUGAAGGUGUGGGAAAUUGUGUACUCGAAGGAUGGUUCAGUCAAGGAGGUUUCAAAAGCUAUGCAGCUUAAAGGGCAUAAGAGUGCAGUAACGUGGUUAUGCUUUGCACCUAACUCAGAGCAAAUCAUCACAGCUUCCAAGGAUGAUUCAAUUAGAAUUUGGAACAUCAAUGUUCGAUAUCAUCUUGAUGAGGAUCCUAAGACUUUGAAGGUGUUUCCAAUUCCACUUCGUGAUUCAAGUGGUGCUGCCUUGCACUAUGAUCGUCUUAGUCUGUCUCCUGAUGGAAGGAUAUUGGCAGCUACUCAUCGCUCAACAUUGCAGUGGUUAAGUGUUGAAACUGGAAAGGUUUUAGACAUGGCUGACAAAGCCCAUGAAGGUGAUAUCACAUCCAUUGCCUGGGCACCAAAGACAAUUCCAAUGGGAAAUGGACAAGGCAUGAUCUUAGCAACAUCUAGCGGUGACAAGAAAGUUAAGUUGUGGACGGCGCCCUCGCUUGACUGAUCAGAAGGGAAAUUCAGUUCACUAAAUCAAGCCCUGGCAUGAAGUAGCUUCUGAUUUGACAGAGAUUGAUUCAGAUACACCAAAAGUUUUGAGCACUAAAUCCUUUUGAGGUUAGACGGUUCAGUUACAUAUUUAUCACGGGUUGCAGAGAACAGACCUACACCUGACUGAAAAGUAGAACGUUAAACACUUUGUGUGGACAGAACUGCAGAAAUAUGAUAUGGGUUUUGGAGGUUGAUUGUACUGAAAUUUUGGAGACUAGAAAGCAUCAUACGGAACUAGAAACUUUGGUUUGAGUUAGUAUUUAUUAAUUUUGUUCAAA